AUGGCGUUAGAAAAUAAAAUAGACGAGAUUCUCCUGAAGCUGGAUAACCUGACGGUCGAGUCCAUCGCCGAGAAAUAUCCCACCACUCAUCCCAAUGUCAACCCUCUCGAUUACUACCGGAUACACAUCAGCGAACUCCUUGCCCCCAUCACAGGUGUCGCUCCCGAUAAGAUUCUCCCCGCCAUUUAUUGGACAAAUGCCCUCGACAAGGGCGACUUCAGCUUACCUAUUCCCGCUCUCCGGAUAAAGGGCGCAAAACCAGACGCUCUAGGAGCCGAAUGGGCGGCCAAGUUCCCCGAAGAUGAUCCUCUUAUCGAGAAACCCGUCGCUGCUGGCACGUUCCUAUCCUUCUUCAUCAGGGGUGGACCCUUAACUCAAUCUCUCAUUCCUAUGAUCCGCAGCUUAGGUGUGGAAUACGGACGCAAUCGAUUUCUCGGUCUCAAAGACCCCAAGGACCCGAGCAAGGGCAGGAAGCGAAUCGUGGUCGAGUUCAGUUCUCCCAACAUUGCCAAGCCAUUCCAUGCAGGACAUCUUCGCUCCACCAUCAUCGGAAGUUUCCUUGCGAACUUAUACGAGGGUGCCGGUUGGGAUGUUGUUAGAAUCAACUAUCUUGGCGACUGGGGAAAGCAAUAUGGCCUCUUAGCUCUAGCCUACGAGAGGUACGGAGACGAGGAAGCGCUGAAGAAGGACCCUAUAGACCACCUGUUCCGACUCUACGUCCGUAUAAACGCCGAGAAGGAGGAAGAUUUAGCCGCUAUCGAGGCCAAGAAGAAGGAAGGUCAGGAUGUUACCGAACUCUUGGCCAACAGCUUAGACGAGCAAGCUCGACGAUACUUCCGAAAGAUGACGGAUCGAGAUGAGAAGGCUCUCGCGUUGUGGAAGCGCUUCAGAGAUUUGAGUAUCGUCCGAUACAAGGCUACGUACGCGAGGCUGAACAUCAAGUUCGACGAAUACAGCGGUGAGAGUCAAGUCAGCGAGGAGGCGAUGGAAAAGGUCGCUAAGCAGAUGGCCGGGAAGAAAAUUACGAAAGAAGACCAAGGUGCCGUGCUCGUCGACUUCACAGAGCUUAUACCUGGUAAGGAAGGUAAGCGCCUCGGCAAAACCGUCAUCCGAAAGAGAGACGGCACUGCUUUAUAUCUUACCCGAGAUAUCGCGGAGCUUCUUGGCCGGUACGAGAAAUACAAUUUCGACCAUAUGAUCUACGUCGUUGCUAGUCAGCAGGACCUUCAUCUUCAGCAGCUCUUUAAGAUCAUCGAACUCCUCGGAUACAAGGACAUCGCAGCUCGCUGCCAGCACAUCAACUUUGGAUUGGUCCUGGGAAUGAGUACUCGAAAGGGUACCGUCAAAUUCUUGGAUGACAUUUUGCGGGACUGUGCCGAUCAUAUGCACGAAGUUAUGCGGAAAAACGAAGCCAAAUAUGCUCAAGUCGAGGACCCCGAAGGUACUGCCGAUACUCUCGGAAUCAGCAGUGUUAUGACGCAGGAUAUGAGCGGGAAGAGGGGUAACAAUUACACCUUCGAUUUGGCGGUGAUGACGUCUUUCGAAGGAGACACGGGCCCUUACUUGCAAUACGCGCAUACUCGACUGUCGUCCAUCAAGCGACGAGCGAACGUCUCCGACGAGGAGUUAGCCAACGCGGAUCUAUCGCUCCUCACGGAACCUCACGCCGUCAAUGUGGUCCGACUACUUGCCCAGUGGCCGGACGUCGCCCAGAACACGCUACGAACCCUCGAGCCGACUACGGUAGUAACAUACCUCUUCAGGCUCACUCACGUUAUCAGCAGCAGCUACGACCAUUUGCAAGUAGUAGGCAGCGAUCCCGCGCUGAAGGCUGCUCGUAUGGCAUUAUACGACGCCGCUCGGAUAGUUGUAGGAAACUGCAUGCGGUUACUCGGAUUAACCCCUCUAGAAAGGUAA